CUUGAGAGUUGAAGGACUGAGGUCGGUGACUCUGGGGUCUAGGAAGCAGGACAGCAAGGGGCGCCACCGUGUACCUUAAAAGGGAGAACGCAUUUCCCCACUACGUAUCCAAUCUAGGUUUCUCUUCCCCUCUUGUCAAGGACGUGGAAAGGGUGCCUCGGGACCUCACUACGGUCCCGCCUCUUCCUGAGCACCGGCACGUGAUGCCGGAAGUGGGUGGGAGUAAUAUGGCGACGUUUCCGGCAGGCCCCGGCGGCUGAAAGCCGGGCCGGAGGUGCUACUCUGGGUCCGGGUUCUUGUCCCGGUGCCGCCGAGGCGGCGACUGCGGUAGGAAGAAGGAAGUGUUGGACGAGUUGGCCCACCACCGCUAUACGUUGCGCCUCAUUUCAACUCAAAAUGAACUAUAUGCCCGGCACCGCUAGCCUCAUCGAGGACAUCGACAAAAAGCACUUGGUUCUGCUUCGAGAUGGAAGGACACUUAUAGGCUUUUUAAGAAGCAUUGAUCAAUUUGCUAACUUAGUGCUACAUCAGACUGUGGAGCGUAUUCAUGUGGGCAAAAAAUACGGUGAUAUUCCUCGAGGGAUUUUUGUGGUCAGAGGAGAAAAUGUGGUCCUACUAGGAGAAAUAGACUUAGAAAAGGAGAGUGAUACACCCCUCCAGCAAGUGUCUAUUGAAGAGAUCCUGGAAGAACAGAGGGUGGAGCAGCAGGCCAGGCUGGAAGCCGAGAAGCUGAAGGUCCAGGCCCUUAAGGACCGAGGCCUCUCCAUCCCCCGAGCAGAUACUCUGGAUGAGUAUUAAGUCUUUUCUCAGAGGCUGUUGCUCUUGGGGAGCAGGGGCUGUCACUAAAUGAAAGUGGAGUCCUGAUCACCUUUGACUCAAGACUGUAGAGCUUUGAAAAGCCAUUUUUAUUUUGAAUUCUUUCCCAUAUGCAACAUGAAGAAAUCAUGUAUUUGGGUUUUUUUUUUUUUUUCUUUUUAAUAACAAAAUCACCAUUUGAAGAAACAGUGGCAUGGACUCGUUUCACACGUCAUUGUGGAGCCAGCAGCUGCUUUUCUGUAUUAAUCUCCUCACCCCACAUUGGAGGAUUUAGGGGACAGUCUUCAUUUACUUGUAAAUAAAGGAUGGGGUCUAAAAUUUUCGAUGUUACUUCCCAAGUUUGAGUUUCUCCAAUGAAUGGACAUGAUUAAAUUUCUUCUCUCAAAGGGGU